AUGUUUCCGGCGGUUAAAGAGCAGCAACGACAGCUUAGCAUUGAAGAGGCGCAGGAACUUCAAGCAGAGAGGGGGAUAAAUGCCCUACAAGAGGCGUAUGAGGGCGAAGACCAGCUUCUCCGAGAGGCUAUUGCGCAGGCCAUGGCUAGUCAAGAAAAACAUAAGUUUUUGGGGAAUGUUGCGAACGACGAAGUGCGAGUGAGGUACGGAGACGAAUUCGAGGGCAAGUCGGCAGCUACAGGAGUCGGGAGCUUGUACGAGAAAAACCAGGCAUCGGGCAAAGCUGUAGUGCACUACGGCGAUCACCACGGGCAAUGUUCCAUAUUUCAUAGUCGAAGUAGUUUCGGUAUGGAGUCAAUAUUUCUCUUAGAGGGACUUGUUGGGGUUUAUCAUUCAUAA